AUGUAUAAAAAGCCACCAAGUCCAUGGGAAGAACCCUCCUUAGAUGAACAGAGCGAACCUGCUCAAUAUGAAUAUGCGGAAACUGAUUCAGAUGAUCUCGUUAUUGAUUUCGAUAGAAUUGGGGAUUCUUUUGAAGAAUCAUCUGGUCAUGACUUCUUGAGUAUGCAACCUUUGUCAUCCAAACCUAUGAAUAGAAUAUACCAUCCUCCACCAAUAUACUUUCCUCCACAUCGAUCCUCUGAAAGCACAACUCCCAUUUGUAGCCCCUUGACUUAUUCAAGGUUUGUGGAUACACUAAAAGAAGCGACUGUCUCCCUUAAGUCACCAAUAAGUUUGAUUAAGAAAGUCACAACAAAGUCACCAGGCAUUUCCACCUCAAUAAGUAGUUCGAACAGCAGUUCUUAUCUGGUGAACUCAAUGCUUGCUGAACCAACCCAGAGUAAAUUGAAGAAAGUGAUGGAAAAGGCUGCGAAAUUUUUGAAGCUCAAAUACCCAAACUCAGAUGUUGAAUCAAUUUAUGAAGUUGAUUUUGAUAGAAUAUACGCGUUAAUGGAUGCCUAUAAGUCAACUUAUCACAAGAAUUUUCACGAAUCUAAACAAGAAGCUUCAGUUAAUAAAACUGUUUCAGCCGAUGCUAAAGAUUUCGGAAUUACACCCGAGUCUUUUGAAGAGAAUCAAGAUAUCAUUGGUGCAGUUUUGUACUUUUUGCAGAACCAAAAGUCUACUGAGUGUUUACAUACGAUGUGAUUCGAUCUUUGCAGUCAUUACCCCUGCCUAUAGCUACAGAUUUGUUACAAUAUUCUAUCACAAGUCUAUAUUUCCGUAUCUCUAUAUACACAUGUAAAAUCCAUUUUUAUCAAUCUUUGAAAAACUCAACUUCAGCUAAGUUUAAGUUGGGUCUUGGUUGUCUAUUUGUAAUUGUUUGGCGAAACUCGGGCUUGACUUUCCAACGCCAAACCUCGUCUAAU